AUGUUCAUUUCUGCUAAGGUUUUCUAUACUUUGACAGGAAAAUAUCCAACGAGAUAUGCUGAAGUAUUAACAGUAACAGCAUGUAUGGUGGGAAAUGAUACAGACUGUGAACACAACUGGAAUGUGUCUGUAAUGCAUUGUGGGGAAUAUAAUGUUGCAUACUAUGGAUCGCCUCAGUAUCAUACAAAUACUGGCUGUGGAAGAUAUUGUAUGGAAUACACCAAUGAUCCCUGCUCUAACUACAGCGUUAUAGACUAUGACUUCACAAGACAUCAAGACUACUACGAUGAUACAUACAUACACACCUGUGAUUAUCAAUGGUCAAAAGGGUGGUAUUAUUUUGAAGGUGGUUAUAACUUAUCCACAACCCCGGCAAAAUCCGGUCAGUGUGGAUCAUAUAAUCCAAUUUGGAUUAAUGAAACAAUAGAACAAACAGUUGACACAGAUAUGGUGUAUCUUAGAGCAUGCGAAGGUUAUUCGUACGAAUGUGGCUACACCUGGAGCAUACCCAUGAUGGAAUGUGGAAGUAGAAAUAUUAUGUAUCUUAGACAGAAAGGAAUGUGUGGACGAUAUUGUCUAGAAUCGAGAAACUCCUUCGAUGUUUCUACCACACCAUCGUAUGUAUGGGAUGAGCCUUGUCAUUGGCACAAUGUGAUAACAAGUAAAUUUGAUAGAUCUGUCAAUUAUACACUACAAAGUGGAGAAUAUGAAGAAUGUUACGACAUGGAAAUCUACAUGGAAGGAUGGUACAAAUUUAGUGGGAACGAAAUAAUACCAACUCAUCCUCCUAAGCAAGGACAGUGUGGUUCAUCUAGACCUAUCUGGCUGGACGGUAUGUAUCCAACAACAUAUGGUGAAAUAGCCUCAAUGACAGCAUGCAUGGUGGGAAAUGAAACCGAAUGUGGAAACAGCUGGAAUGUUUCUGUAAUGCAUUGUGAUGGAUACAAUGUUGCACAUCUGAAACCUACAUAUUUCAUGACAAGCUGUAGCAGGUAUUGUAUAGAAUACACAAAUGAUCCCUGCUCUAACUACAGCAUUAUAGACUAUGACUUCACAAGACAUCAAGACUACUACGAUUAUUUGUACAAUCACAACUGUGAUUAUCUAUGGUCAGACGGCUGGUUUUACUUUGAAGGUGGUUAUAACUUAUCAACAACCCCGGCUAUGUCCGGUCAGUGUGGAUCAUAUAAUCCAAUUUGGAUCAAUGAAACAAUCGAACAAACAGAUGACACAGAUCUGGUAUAUCUUAGAGCAUGUGAAGGUUAUUCGGGCGAAUGUGUCUAUACCUGGAGCAUACCCACGAUGCAAUGUGGAAGUAGAAAAAUUAUGUAUCUUAGACAGAAAGGAAUGUGUGGACGAUAUUGUCUAGGUUGGUAUUGA